AGUCGCGAGUCACGCGUCAUGCCGCCGGCGUAUACGAGCAAUACGAGUAUAGUAGUGCGCGCUUGUGCUCUUAGCAGUUAAAUAGGAGUUUAUGAUGUGUGUGUGUGUGUCAUCGCAUUUUUUAAAGAGAAAAACGAAUUUUGUCAAUUGUACUGUUUCUCGUCAAGUUCAACAAAUAUUUCUUCUGUAUUGAACAACCAAAGACAGAAGUGCACUUUCGAUAUUAAAAAGACAGCGAAAAUAAGCGAAGCAGACGAGAUAAAAGAAGAGAGAGAGAGAGAGAGAGAGGGAGGGAGAGACAAGUGAGAGGGAAAGAGAUAAGCAGGGAGAUUCGCGAGGAAAAGAUGGGAGCGAGUGAGGGAGGGAGAGAGAGAAAGGGAGAGAGGUGUAUAUAUAUAUGCAUGAAUGUCAUUGUAUGUGUGUCGAGCCCGCGCAUGUGCGCGCAUGUAUGUGUGUCGGAUAGUGAUGAGUGGUAGAGUGCAACGAGGACACACCGAUCAGUCGCGCUUUCGCGAGAGGUGAGGUUAAAACUGACGUCGUUCGGAAAUUCGUGACUGUUCUCCGUGCCCUUUCCCUCCUCGGGGGGACUUCUGUGCGGCAUCAACGACUCCUCGACUCGCGUCUCCUCGCGUAUACGUACGUGGUGCGACGAGAGAAGGAAGUAAAGUGACGUGUUACACGUGCAUUGAGUGUGUUAAGUGCCAUCCGAGUCCGACAUUUCGAGGACCGAAAGAUUCCUGCUAGGAUCUCCACGCUCUACUCCCAUUAUGUAUUUUUUGAGGUAGCAGUGGACAACAAUUUCAACUAUGAAGCUAUAACAAACAUAUGUGCACGUCAAGAUACGUUAGGCUGUGAUUUAUUUUAUCUGAAGCUUAACUUUAAAUAAUCUAAGUAUUUAAAACUAUCAAGUCCUUUGUUUGAAAAUAUUCUAAUUAUCGGUAUAUCGAUAAAGCGGUGCUUUUUAUUACUUAUUAAUUGAAAAAUAAGGAUUAAAUAUUUACAAUAUGAUAAAUUUAUUGAAAGUACACUUUUGUCGUUAAAAAUAACUGAAAGGAUAAAACAACUGAAAAGAUUUAGAAUUCUCUUUUUAUACAUAAAAUACACUCCCCCGCAUGCGCGCAGCGCGCGCGUGCGUACACACACGCGCACACACGCACGCAUCUAUUGCAAAUUAAGCUAUAAGCUCCAGUAAAAACAAAAGAGAAAGGCGUUGUCUGGAAACGAAGACGACAAGAAAACAUUAAUAUCACGGGACUGGAAGUGGAAUCCGUCACGGUUGCCAAUUUAAUAAGUGGCAAUGUAGCAGCGCGAUACAAUGAAGGGUCGGAGGUUGUUAUUACGGGGGAUGUCGUCCUGGCAGCCCCAUCCAGGUUAAAAGGAGCAAUUAAUCCAUCGACUACGACGACUACGAAGACAGAGACGACAAUAACUCCCAUUAUGGAUACCAGUGGUGAUUCAAAUAUAGACACUACUAACGGUAGCACCGCCACUACCGGCGUUGGUGCCAUAUCUUCUGUCGUCGCAAAUACCGCAUCUUUGACAUUGGUUAAGGCCGAGAGGCCGGAUCAUCUAGCGGGGACGUCAACGUCGCCCGCGACGGUAACCACUGUGGCAACUGGACCGAUCAGCACCGGAAGUAAUCUCUUUGCCGGUAUCACUAACAGCAAUAAGACAGCUAGGUCAGCUGGCGACGAUUGGUUGGCGACGAAUAGUCCGGGAUCACCACAGAACUCUUUGCAAGGCCAGCACGUGGUCUACUCCGCUUCUCAGCAGCAAUUGUCAGAGCAACAGUCUACUAUGGCCCACUCCAGUCCACUUGCCCAACAAGUUAGCAAUAAUGGAUACGCAAGUCCUAUGAGCACCGGCAGUUACAUAGAUCCGUACAGCCCCAAUGGUAAAAUAGGAAGGGACGAACUAUCUCAACCGGGUUCAAUCAAUGGCUACGGUAAUAAUUCCGGUGGUGGCGGUGGCAGCGGGGGUGGCGGUAGUAAUGGUGGUAACAACGGAGGCGGAGGCAGCGGUAGUAGUGAAGGAUGUGACGGGAAGAAAAGAAAAGGACCUACGCCUCGACAACAAGAAGAAUUGUGCCUUGUAUGUGGCGACCGUGCGUCUGGUUAUCACUACAACGCCCUUACGUGCGAGGGCUGCAAGGGUUUCUUCAGACGAAGCAUUACCAGGAACGCUGUGUAUCAGUGCAAGUAUGGUAACAACUGCGAGAUCGACAUGUAUAUGCGUCGCAAGUGCCAGGAGUGCAGACUGAAGAAGUGUCUGACGGUUGGCAUGAGGCCGGAAUGUGUUGUGCCCGAGUACCAAUGUGCGGUGAAGAGAAAAGAAAAGAAGGCACAGAAGGAGAAGGAUAAACCGAACAGUACGACAAUGAAUGGUUCACCAAGCAGCGCUGCAAUAGGCGAGCAAAUGGGUGUCAAAAUUGAGCCAGCAGAACCUGAGUCAUUGUCUAUGUGUGGAAAUAGCAACAUUCUCGCCCCUAUCAAUUCUUACACCUGUGUUAAGCCGAUUAGUCCUGAGCAAGAAGAAUUGAUAAAUAGGCUCGUAUCUUUUCAAUGUGAAUUUGAACAACCGAGCGAAGAGGAUCUAAAAAGGAUUACAAAUCAACCAAUGGAAGGCGAGUCUGCAAGUGAUUAUAGUUUCAGACACAUCACUGAAAUCACGAUUUUGACCGUACAGUUGAUCGUCGAGUUUUCGAAGAGAUUACCUGGCUUUAACGAACUGUUACGCGAGGAUCAAAUCACUCUGCUGAAGGCUUGCUCCAGUGAGGUGAUGAUGCUACGGAUGGCAAGAAAAUACGACGUGCAAAGCGAUAGCAUCAUUUUUGCUAACAAUCAGUCGUACACACGUGACAGUUAUAGCGUUGCGGGAAUGGGAGAUACCAUCGAGGACCUUUUGCGAUUCUGUCGGCAAAUGUACGCUAUGAGGGUCAAUAAUGCCGAAUAUGCUUUGCUCACAGCUAUUGUCAUCUUUUCUGAGAGACCCAAUUUGUUAGAAACCAGAAAAGUGGAGAAGCUUCAAGAAAUUUAUCUGAAGACAUUAAAAGCAUAUGUGGAUAAUCGUCGUCGACCAAAGGCCUGUACGAUCUUCGCUAAACUUCUAUCAGUUCUAACCGAGCUCAGAACCCUUGGCAAUCAAAACAGUGAAAUGUGCUUGAACCUGAAAUUUAAGAACAAGAAGCUGCCGCUUUUUCUCGCCGAAAUCUGGGACGUGAUGCCCUAGUUUCCCAGUCGCCGAUCAACGGCGAUUGCGCCGGUCGGCUGAAUAAAUCAUUUGACGUCGUGGUAGCAGUAACAGCAGCAACGGCGUCAAGGGACGCACGGACGUGAAAAACGGCCUGCGUAAUUCUUAUACUAGUGCACCAUUAUGCCACUGCCUCAACAUCGCAAGUCAACAUAUUGUAUCAGUGCUGUUUUUAGAUUCAUUUCGAUCAUUUGUUCUUUCUCUUGAUCGACCAUCUCUAAGUGUCACCCUAGAUCGAUCAAUCUUUAUAUUGCUUGUAAAGUAAGCGUAAGACAGGCCGGUCCCAUACUUUCGCUGUGUGACGCGUAGAAAUUUAUUUAUAGAUUUAAAUUUAUGUAUAUAAUAUGAUGCAAAAGGAAAGUUGAAAACUUGUGAAAAUAAAAUACAGCUGACAACAACUUUUUAUGAGAAUGCAUAUGACUAAAUACUGGUGAUAAAAAAAGAGUCUGAUCUAAAGAUGUAUAUAGUACCAUGUACAUGUAAUAAGAUUUAAAAUUUAAAAAGAAUUAAAGUUUUAUGUUACCAAACAUCCAUGGCAUAAAAUAUAUUAUACAUAAUGUAUCUGUACAGUAUAGUUAGAAAGGUGUUUGACAUUUUAUAAUAAAUUUCGGAAAUACAGUCUAUUACAGGAAUGAUCAUAGCUUUUGCUCACAGAUAUGUACAGUGACGCAUUCGAGUAAAGGUAUAUAUAUGUACGAAUAUCUAUUGUAUAUAUAUAUAUAUAUAUAUACAAUGAUACUUACGAAUAUUCCAACAACUUAUUGUAAAACAUCAGACCUUUCUGACGGCACAACCGUACGAUCCAUGGAACUAUCGCUCUUUGUAGGUCUAAUCUUCUACCAAAUCUAUAAUUUGUAAUAUUCAAUAUUACAAAUUAUCAAUAUUACAAAUCUAUAAUUUGUAAUAUUCAAUAAUAAAAAGUAAAUCGAAACAACCGCUUGUAAAAUAUACCAGUACAAUUUUUGUUCGCAAAAUUGCAAAUAUGUCACAAUUAGACCUGCGUGAACCGUAUGGGAUCGGUUUGGAAAUGAGGAACAGGAAAGGCCUCGCACAUUGAAGAUACGCGCAGAGACAAUGCAAGCUCCAAAGGAAGGAGCAAGGAAAGGAAUAGAAAUAAGAACGAAUAUAUCAUUGUGAGAGAAAGGCAGUGGCGCGGCCCAGGCUGUGAUACAUAGACAACCGAGAUUGAAGAUAUAUAAAGAAAGAGCUACCUGCAAUUUACAUUUUAUCGCUAUAUCCUCUGUCUGGAUACAUCCUUACCCACAAUUGAUAUGUAAAUGUAAUGUAUUAUACGAUAAGGUAUUGAUAUAUUUGACGAAUGUGCGUUGACACAUUAGUUACUUUUGAGAAAAUGAAUAGCAGCACCUGCGAUUACUAUAAGGAAGAGAAAGAUGAGAUAGAAAAUUAUUAGUAGCAUGAGAUUCAAGGAAUUGUGACAAAGGAUGAUUAACACAAUCGGCGACGCUAUUGGCCGAGAAUUAAUAAGUUCAAAGAUUAAAAUCUGUAGUUGUUAAUAAUACAGCAUUUUCCCAAAUCUUGGCUGUAAAGUAAGCGAAAUAAAAUGAGGCCCAUUUACUUUUGAGCAGCGUCGCAUGAAUGGAGCGCGGAAAAGGAAAUAAAUAUGAUAUGUAUAACAAUAGCAUAGAGUCUAUAUCACUCAUACACAUACAGCAUAAUAUAUCUUGCUAGCAUGUACAUUCUUUAUACCAGAGAGAGGGAGAGAGAGUGUAAGGAACAGGCGUGUGUGUGUACGUGUGCGCGCGCGUGUGAGAGAGCGCGAGAGAGAGAAAGGGAGGAGGGAGAAGGAGAGACUAAAGCGAAAAUGCGAAAUGGUGGAAGAAAAGUCUAGAAAGGAUCUACACCGCAGCAGGAUGGCGCGUCUUGAAACUGUGUAUUAAUACUUUUAUUAAUACAAAUCACUUAAAGAUGUACAGGGCGUCCCUAAAAAGGAGAAAAAGCUAAAGAAAUGAUAUUAUUUUCGCGAAAGACAUACACACACACACACACACACACACUCACACACUCACUCACACACACAUAUAUAUAUAUAUAUAUUUUUAAGAGAUCUACUGUAUAUAUAACAUGUUAUUUAAAUGUCAUGAAACAGGAAGUUUUUAAAAUGUAUUAUUUUCUUACAAAAUAUAGAAAUAUGGUGUUCAUAAGUGAUACUACAGGAAACAAAAUAGAAUGUUCACAUUGUAUGCUAAUUGUCUUUUUUUAUAUAUACCUCGUUAUAGUAGAAAUUUUUACAAAAAAAUGUGUGUUUUAAUGAAUAAAAAGGAAAUGUACGGGACGCCCUGCAGGGUGUGCGAGGAAAUAUAAUAUUCAUAAUGAAUAUAA